AUAUUGAAUAACAACAACAACAAUACAGCAUUAUGCAGUACAGUUUAUGUCAAUUGUGUUUCAUAGUAUUUGUGGGGAUUAAAACCAGUCAGAGCCAGCAGCCAUAAUUAGGCGCCUAUGACGGUUGCACAUUCCUGUACACUGCUAUUUCAUCUCCAAGGUUACUGACAACACUGGCAAGUGUGACUCAUUGAGGUCUUUAUUUUCCCUCCGCAGGAAAGAACCCUUGCACGAGCACUGAAUGCUGGACGGAGAAGAAAAAAGAUGCGGCCCGGCUUUUCCUAUGCUGCUGGUUCUGCAUUAGAGCGUGAUCUCAGUGAGCCACUGGAUGAUAGGAUAUCAGAGGGCUGUCCACAGUCCAUCAGUGACCCACCCAUCCAUUGUAACGGCGCAGCAGGAGUUCUGAGGUACAAUCGGGAGUCCGACAACCCCGGGAUAAACUUAACAACCAUUCUUCAAGCGAACCAGCCCCUGACAGAAUACCCAGUGAGGUGUGAGUACUGUGGAGAGGAGGCCAAGCCUUCACUGGAUCUCACAUGGGUGCAUCAACCUGAGACAGUCUUCUGCUGCGCCCGGUGGCAGCAGCUCUGUGAGAUGCUGGUGGAGCAGACCCAUUCAGCUGCAGAGAUGGAGGAGCAUCUAAUCCAGGCCAGGGAGAUGGAGGGUGGCAACAAGUUUGUCAUGGAGUUACAGCAGGGAUUUGGAAAACCACCAGAGCACAGAGCCUCAGAGGCGCACUCCAUCCAACUACCCGUAGCAGAAACCUACGCUUGCUGGACUUCAAGGGUGCUCCGCUUCCGGCUCUCUUGUGCUCCAGAAACAGAACGCUGCACAGAGUGUCCCAAUAAUCCUAAUAAGGAGGAGGAGGAGGUGUUGCUCCCCUUUUGUAACCAUAAGUCGCUUCAGUUUGGCUUGUGUCAUCACCAGGAUGGGGCAGAAUUUCUACAGAAGAAUUACUCCAGCGGUAUGAGAUUUCUCGCAGCGUUCUCUGACGGCUCUGCUCAGGUCUUUUAUCCCUCAGGCCUCUUGGCUGUCAUCGUCGUGGUCACUGAAGGAAAUGGAAGAGUCUGCAUCGUCUAUGAUGACUGCGAUGCCGACUAUCAACCAAUCAGAGCCGUGUUCCUGUCUGACGGCAGGUCAACAUGUUAUCACAGAAAUGGAAACAUAUGGCUGGCCUUAAACACAUCAGGCGGUCAGUGUUUGGAUGAGAAGGGUGCCAGGGUUCGUCAGUGGACCUGGAGCAGCCUCCCUCCCACCCCCCUGCACCCCGUCUUCCUGUCUCUAAACACAACUGUUGGGGUCCGAGUCCUCGGGAGGGCCCAAGUCUUUCUCUCCUUCCUGGCAAGAGGCCGACAGGCAAAGUUCAGCGUGGGCAGCUGCUGCACUCAGGAUGACUGUAAAACAAACAUGGCUGCCUCAGGACCAUCUCUCCUGAAGGAGGAGCUGUUUGUCUCAGCAGCUAGGAUCAGAAUCCACCUGGCCUUUCUGCAGCUUCACCAGUUCCUGAGGACGCCCUCCCAUCCCCGGCUGCCGAAGACCUCACAAGUCCGCCACCUCCUUGCUGUUGCCCAAAGGCUUGUGGCAGUCAGUGCUGAUGUGAUGAUGAGUGAGCGUGACAGAGCCUUUAUUCAUAGGUGCCUUCGGGACUGUCUGAUGUACCAGUGAUAAAGUACUCUGGGACAAAAUGACAGCCACUCUGCUUUGGCAUACUCCACAGGGCCAAUUAAAACACUUUAAAUCUGA